UUCAGAACAGUUCAAGUGGACGAGCAAAACAUUCUUCGACGAAACAUGAAGCUCCUUCUCGUCGUUUUUAGCAUCUUCGUCGCCAUCGCUUACGUAUCCGCGGCAAGUGUUCCGCCAGUCACUUUCGAUGGACCAACUUACGAGUUAAAGAAAAUCGAAGGUUCUGACAGUGACGAUGGCAGUGCGACGGAAGUGGGCGCCGAUGAUAGCGUUAGUCGACCACGCAGGGUGACCUGUGACAUUCUCUCUUGGGAAUCGCAGUGGUUCAGUUUCAAGCAUUCAGCCUGCGCCUUCAGAUGUAUGGUUCAAGGACGCAGGGGCGGUCGCUGCCAAAAUGGCGUCUGCGUAUGCAGAUAAUUGAAGUGUUGUUCAUGAAAUGGCUCCCUCGGAUUAUCAUAAUCUUCAAUUUCUCUACUGGAUACUCUAUAUGUACUCUAAUUUGCCGCAUCGUUGAUCUUAAUUUUAACGAAAAGCAACGUGAUUAGAAAUGUUAAUAUUGAACUUUAAUAAAUGA